UCAUGAGCUCAGUCGCAUCGUUUCGUUUCGAUCCACCGAUCUGUCACCUGGUCGAGUUUCUUUCAUAGCCACGCUUCCUCACGCGUAGCUACUUCCAUUUAUAAACAACGCCUCUUUUUCUAUUGUAUUUCCGCUGUGCCAAUCUAUGAAUUAUAGCAAUAAAACAGCAGCCGGGGAUUAUCGUGUUUCCGUUUCACGAACGUUGCAUUGAAAAUAGUUGUGGAUUACAUAAUUACAUAAAGAUCGAUGGAAGUGAUUUUGAAGAAUUGGAACUAUUAAUUAUUCUACCAAUUACGUAUUAUCGACAUAUUAUCACGGAUUAUGAUAACACUUCGUUGUUAUUGCAUCGGAAAUUUCCAAUUGUAGAAAAUAUAAGAAACAGGAGGGGAUGAAAAAGCUGAUGAGUGAAAAGUGCUCUAGUUCGGUGGAUAAUUUGAAAGAUCAGACGAGAGAGAAUAGUGCUUUUGGACCGUUGAAAGUGAAACGUUUGAAGUGGUCGAGACGGUAGGAACGCGACUGGUUGCUUCGGACGGGAGGUGCGCGUCUGGAUCGUUUGAACGUGACCAUGAAAGUACAUGUUCAUGCAACACGGCAGCAGGUAUAGAAUUGAAAAAGGCGAUGCAUUUGAUUUUACUCUGGGCGUUGGUCGCCCUAAUUGACCGAGCGGAGUGUAAAUGCAGCCUAGCACCAAUUGUAAAUGACGAACGGUCGAUCGCCUACGUUUGCACUCACGGCGACCUAAACGACCUCGACGAGAUAUCCAGCGAGGCAGAGUGGAUAGAGUUCACGGUGUCCCGGUUUCACCUUAUCUCAGACAAUGCGUUCGGUCGCUUCGGAAACCUCAGAAAACUUUCCUUCUACAAUUGUCAUAUGAACUUCAUCAGCCCAGAUGCAUUUUCUAAUUUGAAUAGGCUAGAAUGGCUAAUAUUCCAUGGAACCAAGAUACACGUAGCUAGAGCCGCCUGGUUCCGUCCUCUGACAAGCCUGAGAAGACUUAUCUUGGAUAGAUGCGGCUUAAUACAUAUCGAGUCCGACGUUUUUCGCAUGCUGCCCAGAUUGGAAGUUUUAGGAUUGCGAGAUAACGAUCUCAACUGCUUACCGAUCGAGCAACUAUCUUAUCUACAAAUGCUCAGAACUGUACGCAUUGACGGUAACCCCUGGCUUUGCGAGUGUCGACAAAAAUUGGACGAAUACUUUCGAUCUCGAUCUAUCGUCCAAGAGGUAGAAUGUUCAAAGUACAUCAACGUUUGUAAAAAAUAUCAAUGCAUGACACCCAUUGAAUUUCCUCUACUUCCUUCCGUUUUGACUACUCAGCAAUUAUAUGACUUUCAUAAAGAGCGCACGACGAUUCGUGGAAAUGAAUUUCAAACCAACGUAUUUACUUCCCUGGAUAGACUUCCGGACAAAACUACGUGGAUAGAAAUUUCCGGCUUGACCAUAAACUCGCUUCCGAGAUACGCGUUCUUCAGAUUUGGAAAUAGUCUGAGAACUUUGGAUUUAAUUGACUGCCAAAUUAGCACGAUCGAAAAGGGAGCCUUUGCCGGCUUGAAUAAGCUGCAACGUCUUUCCUUGGUCGGUAAUCGGUUACCAGUUCUGGAUGCCAAUUGGUUACGAGAUCUUGUUAGUCUUCAACAAUUAAUUUUAAGUCGAAAUCAUAUAGAGCAGAUAGAAAAAACCGCGUUAUAUCACGUUGGAGACACUUUGCGACAUCUCGAUAUUCGAGACAAUUUACUUCGAUGUGUACCGAUCGAGGAAAUGGCUCACCUGAAAAAGUUAGAGAGAUUAGAUGCAGUAGGAAAUCCUUGGCUCUGUACCUGUACAAAAGACCUUGAAAACUUUCUCACUCAAAGAAACGUCGGAUUUGAAAUUAACACUGGUCGAUGUUAUGAGAGCGAAAAUGAAAUUCCAAAUAGCAACAACAGCUGGCGCCAGCAACAGAUAAUUACUCACGAUACUUCGACCACGCAGGGAAGGGUGCAUUGGACUUCGUUUGAGGACAGUAUUAAACAAAUGAAUAUAUCGAUAGACAGACCACCCCUUUCUACUCCUUCACCUGAGAUUAGCAUUAUCACGGAUCAACCUCCUAUUUAUACGGGUACGUGCUACCCAGAAAGUACCGAUGACAGAUCUAGGUCGAUCUACACUUGUCGAGGUAUCACAUCGAUCGAAGAGUUAAACUUGAUACCUUCAACGGCGCACACGAUUCGAGUUACCCUAUCAAACAUCAAGAAAAUUCCCAAGAAUACUUUUGCACGCUUCAAUGGUUAUUUAUCGAGAUUAGAAUUUCGAGAUUGUGGUAUAGAAAGAAUCGAACCGCAUGCCUUCUCGAAUCUUUAUAAUUUACAAUACUUGUCCCUUCAAAGCAAUCAACUCGAAUCCGUAAGUGGUGAGAUGGUCGAGGGACUUUAUAACUUAAGGCAUCUCGACCUAUCUCAUAAUAAUAUAUAUCGAAUUACAAACGACGUGUUCGACCAUUUGCCGUAUCUCGAUAAUUUAGACCUCUCCGAAAAUGCUAUGAACUGCAUCGGAGUGGAAUAUAUGAUUCAUCGAUUACGUCACUUGUCCUUUCUGGAUGUUUCUAAUAAUCCCUGGAGUUGUCUAUGUGGGAAUAAAUUAGCUGAAUUUUUGAGCACACGUGGUAUAAACUACGAUAAAACAUCGUUCUUGUUAAACGAAGAUUGCUACGCUUCAUCUGGGCCAAAAAUUGCUACUACUCCUCUAAUUCCGGUAACAACUAGCGCUUCUCCUUGGAAUGAGACUACUAAAGGAACUUGUACCAGUCACGAAGAUAUAAUGGGGAUUCGAUAUCGAUGCACGGGUAGUAAUCUACCGUUGUUACAAUCGAUACCAUCAGAUGCCACUGCGAUCGAAAUUAACGAGGGACAUCUACAGCGACUACCUUCAGAAUCAUUUUCAAAAUUUAUAAAUCUACGAGAACUUAUUAUUAGAAAUUCUGGAUUGGCUACUAUAGAACAAGGUGCAUUUAAUGGUUUGAAUAAAUUAGAGAAUUUGACUAUUCAGGAUAAUCCUCUGGAAAUGGUAGAAUCUUCUUGGUUUAAUCUUAACAACCUAGAAAGGUUAAAUUUGCGCGGAAAUUCCAUUAAAUACAUCGAAUCUGGAUCAUUUCGACAUUUGAAUCGAUUAACAUAUUUAAAUCUCGAGGGAAACGAUUUAAGAUGCAUCUUUACUAGCGAUUUGAACGAUAUGCCUAAUGUAUAUAUCGUUGAAUUUUCUGGAAAUCCUUUGAAAUGGAGAUGUAGAGUUGAAUUGGAACAAUUCUUAGAAGCUCGAAAAAUUAGAUUUGUCAAAAUUGAAAAUUCCUGCGAAGGGAAGAAAUUGAUGAGAAAUCUUUUGUUACAAAAUAAAACGGAUGGAUCAUUUAAUUGCCCAUCUGAAUGUUCAACAGCGAUCAAUAUAGAUCAGCACAUGUUCGUUACAUUUAUACCAUUAUUGAUAACAUUGAUCUAUUAGUUGAUGUUAGAUACGAUACUUAACUAUGGUACAAUGAUAUAUGUGUUCAUCUGUUGCAAAAUCUAUUUUGCACACUCGUUCAAAUAAUUUAUAAAGCUUAGAUGUUCAUACGCAUUAUCUUUUUUAAUAAUCAGAAAAUACUUACAUUCAGAAAGCAUGAUGAAAUUCUAUAAAGCAGUGCU